AUGUUACCGGAAACCCGCUCUAAACACGGCUACCCGGCGGAUUUCUUCGAAGCCAACGAGCUCAUCCGCAAGAUAACCGGCAUGUGGUUACCCACCAAACACCACUCGAUCAUCACCAAAACCUUCUAUUUCUCCUACGUGUUCUGCUUGUACGGCUUCGGCUUCUACUUUCUCGUGUGCGAAAUCAUCAUCGUCAAUGAUGUAUCGACAGAAAUCAGCAAAUUGGUGAGCUACAUUGGCAUGCUCUUCACCCAUCUGGUGGGCUGCCUGAAAUUCAGCAUUCUAGUUUUCGGCCGGACGAAGCUCCAGAAGAUCAUGAACAUCCUGCAGGAUUCCCGGUAUUUCUACGAACCCAACGAGAAUUUCUCGCCCGGAUUGUUCCUCGUCGAAGGGAAGAAAACCAGCGCCCAAUUCUCUAUGUUGGUACUGAUCAUGUACAGUUGUGUCGGGGCAUCGGCGCACAUUUCGUCUCUUGUAACGUUCGACAGGAUAAUCGAGGGAGAUUCCUUGGAAGGGACGAAUUUCACUUGCCAGGACUUCAUGCAGUACUACUUCAAGAUACCGUUCGAAACGAACACGAAGGAGCGCUGCAAGUUGGCCUUUUUCUUCAUGGACUUCGGUCUGCUGGUGUUCGCUUUGGUGAUAGCUUGUUACGAUGGAGUGCUGGUUACCAUACUGAAUUGCCUCAAAUGCCAGAUUCUGGUGGUUUGUAACGUGUUCAAAACGCUGAGAUCGAGGUGUUUGAGCCAACUGGGUUUACCUGUUUGGUAUGAAACGUUUUCUGAUCACGAACAUGUGGCUUUGGAAAGGGAAAUGUACAGGCAAUUGUCGCACACCACCAGACAUUUACAGGCUCUCUUGAGUGUUACUAAUGAUAUAGAAUUUAUGUUUACGUUCGUAACAUUAGCUCAAACGCUGGCAUCUCUGUUGAUAUUUGCUUCUUGUCUCUACGUAGCAUCGUCUGUAUCGAUGACAUCGCCGGAAUUCUUCGCGCAAAUGGAGUAUUUUUCCUGCGUUUUGGUGCAAUUUCUGUUGAUCUGUUGGUAUGGAAAUGAAAUCACUACGUCAGGAGAAUUGAUUCGCUCGUCGUUGUACGAAAGCGAUUGGUACAGCAGCAGUAUGCGUUUCAAAAAUUCAAUGAUAAUAACGAUGAUGAGAAUGCAACGACCGUUAUAUUUGUCCAUAGGGAAAUUCUCGCCAUUAACACUGGUCACGUUUGUAGGUGUUUGCAGAGGAUCAUUUUCGUACUUUGCACUAUUCAAAAGCGUCCAGUAA